CGGUUGGUUUAUUCAGGACGGGAAGCUUUUCCGCGUUCAUCGCUCACUUUGCACAACAUACCUGCACAGUCCUACAUACGGGUAACAUCUGAAUGUCCCGAGUCCGCUUGUGGGCUAUAUGACCCUCUAUCCCGGCGACAUAUACCGCAGUGAUGGGAGUCCUGAGGCUGGUGUGCUACCGCAGACGGAAAUGUCUACAUAUGAUUGUCAUACUGGUCCCCGUGUCGCUGCUCAUAUCCUACAUCUACUUUGGUAGCAACAGCUACACCCCAAUACAACAUCUACAGCAACAGGCAUUAAGAGGAGCCGGUCUGGGGGUCGACUCGGUGAUCACUGGGGAGAAGAGAGCGAGGGCCCGGCCAGGCCAUGUCUUAGUGGCAGGACAUGAUGAGAUGGUAGAAAACAUCCCUCGACAACCGGUUCAACACGACAUGCAGUACAAACUGAGGAUGUACGAAGUGAAAAAAGGAAUGGAAGUGCAGAAAGAGGAAGAGAAACCCUCCCCCAAACGUCCAGAAUCACGAGAGGGUAUACGGAACGCGAGCGAGGGUCCUCGUCACCCCCCACAGCUGUCCGGCACGUGUGACAGUACGAAAUGUAACCCGACGAAGGACGGCAUGCUAAAUAUCCACAUCGUCGCCCACUCCCACGACGACGUCGGCUGGAAAAAGACGUACAUGCAGUAUUACAACGGGAAGUCUGGUGACUUUGAGGAGACCCAAUAUCACGGCGGAGAGUGUACUCGCUGUAUCCUCAACUCUGUUAUCCCCGAGCUGCUGAAAAACCCAAGUCGCCGCUUCAUCUUUGUGGAGAUGGCGUUCUUCUCUCUGUGGUUCCACGAGCAGGACAAGCACAGGCAGGAGGAGGUCAGGAAGCUCAUCAGGGAACGAAGAUUGGAGCUGAUAAUAGGUGGAUGGUGCAUGAGCGACUCCGCCACGACGUACUACGACGACGUCAUCGACCAACACACCCAUGGGUUUCAGUGGAUAGAACGGCAGUUCGGCGAGUGUGCUAUGCCGAAAAGUGCGUGGCAUGUAGACCAGUUUGGCCACUCGAGGGAACACUCGGCAUUAUUUGCACAGUUUGGCUUUGAUGGCCUGCUGGUGGGGAGGAUCGACGUCUGGGACCACGCCCGGAGAACAAGCACACAGAACAUGGAGACCAUAUGGAAGACAAGUCCUGAUAACCUCGGUGACAAGACGGACCUCUUCACCAGCGUCCUGUACGACGGCUACUUCAGCCCCGGCUCCUACUACGGUAUAAUGGAUGACAGACGAAAGGACAAGACGGCUGAGGAAUUUGUUAAGAUGGCAUCAAAGCGGGCCAAAGCGUUCAAGACACAGCAUGUGCUGAUACCCUUCGGCGGAGACUUUGCCUUUAACAGCGCAUCCUCGCUCUACGACGUCAUCGACAAUCUGAUCAAACAUAUCAAUGGAAAGCAAAAUACCGGCAGCAAGGUGAACGUCCUCUACUCCACACCGACCUGCUACAUCAACAGCGUCAACAGAGAAGCGGCAACGUUUGAGACGAUGUCGACCGACUUCUUCCCCUACGGUAUUAUCCCCAACACCUACUGGACCGGCUUCUUCACCAGCAGACCCGGACUCAAGCGCCAUGUGAAAGUGGCCAGCAGUUUGUUGCAGACCUGCAAAAUGCUGGCUGUUGUUGCCGAGUUGAAGGAUGCUGUUCGCGGUGUUUCUGAUCUCAAGGAGGCUGUGGGGAUCCUCCAACACCACGACGCCAUAACAGGGACCGAGCAGCAGCACGUAACAAAUGACUACAACCUGAUGCUGAGUGCUGGUGAACAGUCGUGUCAGUCCGUGGUAUCGAGGGCCUACCAGUCACUACUGAAGGUGUCCAGCCCUGUCCACUUCUGUCCACUGCUCAAUAUCAGCGCGUGCGGGCUGACGGAAAAUCAUACUGAGUUUACAGUGCAGGUCUUCAACCCUCUAGGCUGGAACGUCACACACUGGGUUCGACUUCCGGUUCCGGUGGCGGUCUACACAGUUGCUUCCCCUGAUGGAGGAAACGUGAAAACUCAGCUUGUGCCCAUACCGGAGUCCACAAAACACAUUCCAGAACGAGGUUCGUCCAGCAGUGUGGCGGAGCUGGUGUUCAAGGCCGCACUCCCCACUCUCGGCUACAGCGUCUACUACAUCAGGAAGGCUGGCGGUUUGAAUUCCCAGCCCCAGUCAGAAGAUCCGGCAGGUCAGGGCGACAUUACCAUUGGGAAUCAGCAUUUAUCGCUUGUCGUCAACGGCACAACAGGCCUUACACAGUCGUUAAAGAACGUCGCAACCGACGUCACCAUAGACUUCGUACAGUCUUUUCUGUAUUACAUCGGGAGUGAAGGUGGAACCAGAAUCCCGGGGGACAGAAGGGGAGGAAUGGGGGGCUUCUUUGGGGGUCACAAGAGAGCGUCCGGGGCCUAUGCAUUUGUUCCCAAGGAAAACACGCCGCCAGUUCCUUUGAUGGGACAUGACGGGAAGGUCAAGGUCAAGGUGGUCAAGGGCCCCAAUGUCCAGGAGAUACACCAGGAGUUCAGCCCAUGGGUCAGUCAGGUGGUCAGACUGUACGAUGGCGCACCAUACCUGGAACUGGAGUGGACGGUAGGACCCAUACCAGAAAGUGCCCGGCAGGCCAAGGAGGUGAUAUCCCGGCUACAGACAAACAUGCAUACAAGGAAGACCUUCUACACAGACUCUAAUGGUCGGGAGAUGAUUACAAGAAGAUUGAAUGUCCGGGAACCAUUCCCCUUUAACGUGACCUGCCCAAUAUCAGGCAACUACUACCCAGUAACAGGACGGAUAUUCAUCACAGACGAUGAGAGGAAUGUCCAGCUGACAGUUCUCACUGACCGGUCCCAGGCCGGGUCCAGUCUCCAGGACGGACAGAUGGAACUCAUGGUACAUCGCCGAACAUUCAAGGACGACGAUUUUGGUGUGGAGGAACCGCUGGAUGAGAAGGGAGUAGAUGGAAAGGGCCUAAUAAUAAGAGGUAAGCAUUACGUAGUUCUGAACACGAUUGACCAAGCAGCGGAGGACUAUCGCCAUCUUGGGCUACAGGUGCAUCACUUCCCUACACUGUCCUUCAUGUCGGGGGUUGACAUCAAGGCGAGCAGGUCAAAGACGAGUUGGCUGAAGAGAAGCCUACCGGACAAUGUCCAUCUCUUGACACUUGACCAGAUCCACGGCGACCCCAACCUGCUCCUACUGAGGCUGGAAAACUGCUUUGAGAAGAAGGAAAACCCACAAACUGCAAAACUGGCUUUGCUUGAUUACAUCGACGGCAUCAAGUCGGUGCUUGAACGCAGUCUCGGCGACAACCACAACAUCACAAACGUCAAGCGACUCCGCUGGCACACCCUGGAAGGUCAAACAACGCCGGAAGAUAUAAGCGAUGCAGUCGCCGACGUUCAUCUUCCUCCGUACAUCAUAUCAUUAAAGCCAAUGGAAAUCAGAACGUUUCACAUACAUAUAGAGCGCUCAGUUGUGACGUAGCUAGUACAUAUAAACAUAAAGACAUAUAUUAUGCAUUACUGAUAAAAUCUCAUGUGUAAAUGUUGUAAUUAUUUAAGUAUUUUGUUCGCGAGUUUUGUCAUGCUGUACAAACUGAGUAAAACUGUUGAAACAGGCGCGGUAUUGACUCCCGAUACCGGAAAUGAAAAUAUGUCAAUUAUGAGAACUGUAUUGUUGACAAUACUCUUACAAUACAAACUGGAAAGAAGACUUUCAAUAGACGUUGUGAAUGCAAUCUUGAAUUGUGUUCCACAGAUACACCCGGGGUAGGUAUGAAACUCACUUAGAUAAGUUUUUAUAAAAAAAUUUAUGGAUUUAAGUUGGGGAGUUUAAAGCUAAUUACACGUGUGAUAAUAGAUUAAAGUUCACAACUGAAGUGAUGGGUAGGUUGGGUUUGUCUACUGGAAACAUUUUGGGGCCUAAUCUUACUUUUUUCAAACUUUGUUGUACACCAUACCACUAUGAGGGGUAUCCCGUGUUGUGUGUCGUCCAGAGGAUUUUCUUACCUUAUCACUUACAAAAAGAUGGAUUUGUAUUCUGAUACCAUUUUGUAAAUAAACACACGUCAUAUAUAUGGACAA